UUUGGACUUUACAGGGCUCUGGACACUAAAAGAUAGGUUGAGUCAUGCCUAGGCCCCUCUCAACUCCUGACCCCCAGCUUCUAGAGAUGACCUCCCACUGAUCACUGACCAUGGUAGCGUCCAACCCCCUGGUGAGCCCCGCGGGCUCUACAGGUCUGUCUGUACUCUUCUCUACUCUCUGCAUCAUCGAUCUCUUCGGCGUCUUCCCAGUGGUGGCUCUGCCCAGAGCUAUUAUAGGAUGUGGAUGGCUGGGUAUACCCUUGGCCUUGUGUAUCUUCGGUGUGCAAGUAUACACAGCGAUGCUGCUGGGUCGGUGUUGGCUGAUGGCAGAACAAAUAAACCCGGAAAUCGCUCACAAAAGUAGAUAUCCAUACGCAGCCAUUGCAGAGAUGACGUUCGGCGAAGGUGUCAGUAGAAUGGUGACUUUUCUGUUAGACCUCGCAGUGUUUGGUGGAGGAAUUCCCAAUCUGUUGGUCGCCUCCCAGAACCUACAGAUGCUGGGCCUAAAGGCGUCUAAUUGGAACUUUGACUUCUCCUUCUGCUAUUGGAUGUUGCUGUUGGGGCUGGCACUGUGUCCUGUCAUGUGGCUGGGUAGUCCCAAGGACAUGAAAUGGGUUGCUGGUACCAGUGUAGGUACGGUGCUGAGUGUAUCAGUGCUGACGUGGACAUGUCUACUGACUGCUGAGCCAGCCUCACCUGCCGUGGUGCCUAGGCCGUCCUGGGAGGGUGUGUUCCUGGCCUAUGGGAUACUGGCGUUCCAGUUCGACAUCCACCCUGUUAUCUUGACAGUACAAGUAGACAUGGCUGACAAGAGGAAACUUGGACAUGCAAUCCUUGGAGCUUUUUCAGUCACUGGCACGCUGUUCCUGGUGACUUGUCUUAUCGCCUUCGUCAGGUUUGGUGACCAGCUCCGCUACAACUUACUGCAAGGUCUGCCUCCCAGUGGUCCUCUCCUUGCUGACGAACUGCUGGUAACUCUGCAGAUCUGCCUCAGCAUGGUAGUCAGCGGGACUGCCUUAUUCCAGGAUAUAGAACACAGUCUUGGUGUUCCUCAGGACUUCACCUGGAAGCGGUGUGUGGUGAGGUCCUGUGUAAUCCUACUGGCCGUGCUGCUAGGCGAGGCCGUUCCUAGGUUUGACCUGGUCAUGGGUCUAAUUGGAGGCGCUCUUACAGGGCCCCUGAUGUUCAUACUGCCUCCUCUGUUCUACGCCAGACUACGCGCCAUGCAGCCCCAGCCCACCUUCAUAGCCGCAAAUAGCACACUGGUGGGAAAGCAGGGGUUGAAGAACAAUCUGGUCACUUUGUUAGACAUCCACACAACAGUUGACAGUUACGAAGAUCUCAGACGAGAAGCAGUCCUGGUGGAAGGCUAUGGAACCUUCCAGGACCCUAGUCAAGUCCCUCAUGAAAGUUCUAGACGUCCGAUUCCUGACCCUCCCCACAACUUCGUGGUCCAGAACCUCCUGUACUUCCGUGACCGGAUGCUCGGGCUGGUGUCCCUGGACAACUACCCCGCCAUCGGUCCUCUCACCUUCUGGGAGAGGAUGUUCACGGUGUGUCUGGUAGGGUUUGGUGCCUCGGCUACCGUCCUCAGUACCUUCUACACUAUGAGGGACACAAUCACCUACGCCACCUUCGUACCUCCGUGCCUCGUCAACGUCACACUGGCGUCUAGAGCUGUCAUUGAGAACGCCUUCUAGAGAACGACGGUGUUUCACGUGUAAAAUUUUAGACUGUUCCAAAUUGUGGAAAAGAUUCAUAGUGAACUUUUACUUCGAUAAAACAAUGGCCUAAUCUAAAACAGGGCCACAGCAAGACAAAAGUGGCAACACCGCACUUCCGGCUCGCGGAAACCACUAUUACACAUUUGUAUUAUUACCAAGGCAAAGGCCGGCCGGUGCGACGUUGCCACACCUCAACCUUGCGGCCUUCGAGGAGGCUAUGAUCAAAAUCAAUAUUCGAUAAAAAAUAUUGCUAGCUAUUUACAAUCAUUUACUUUUGGAUAUUAAAGGUAUAAGCUGGGUGAACGAUUUGUGUUAACCAUCAAUACUGUACCAUGUGGUUAGUUCGCCUACAUUGUGAAUUGUGUUUUAUAUUGCUUAAUGUCAGUGAUUCUUUAUACAAGCGUAUUACAUCACAAGCCGUCCUGACAAAUUGUGAGUUUCAUUAUAAUGCAAUGGAUUAUAUUAUAUUUAUUAUCAUCUAAAAGUCUGUAAUAUUGCAUUUCGGUAGAACAUCUUUGGGUUUUAUCCCUUUUAUGUGCUCGUAAAGAAUUAUUUUGACGAGUUUGAAUACGUUCAUGUUUUUCUGCUCUUAUCCACUGUCAACAAUAGAUAACUUUAAUCUUAAGAAUUAAAUGCUCUUGUUUUCCUUGAAUGUUGGUUUUGUAUUUUUAUAUUUAUGUUUGACAAAGAUCGGUUUCCAGUACAAAGAAAGCUUUAGCGUUCAACGUGAUAAAAAUAUUCCUUAUACGUUAUACGUAACAUUUUAAUUAAUUUCGAGUAAAACUUACUUAGAGAUAGUUCAGUCAAAAGAGUUUUUGAACAGGUCCCAUUUUUGUAAAACCAACCUACUUCCAUUAUUUAUUAUGUUCUACAUCUUUAUAAUAUUGUAUUUUUAAAAAUAAAUCUUGAA